AGGGGGUUGUUUAUUUUGUGUUUUUGUGGGUUAAAGAGAGAGAGAGAGAGAGAGAGAAGAGAGAGAGAGAUGGGAAGAGGGAGAGUUGAGCUGAAGAGAAUAGAGAACAAGAUCAACCGGCAAGUGACUUUUGCAAAACGAAGGAAUGGCCUUUUGAAGAAAGCAUAUGAGCUUUCAGUUCUUUGUGACGCUGAGGUUGCUCUGAUUAUCUUCUCCAAUAGGGGAAAGCUGUACGAGUUUUGCAGUAGCUCUAGCAUGAUCAAGACACUGGAAAGGUAUCAGAAGUGCAACUAUGGAGCUCCCGAGGCUAAUGUCUCCACAAGAGAAGCACUGGAACUUAGCAGCCAGCAGGAGUACAUGAAGCUGAAGGCUCGGUAUGAAGCCCUACAGCGUUCCCAAAGGAAUCUUCUUGGAGAGGAUCUUGGGCCUUUGAACAGCAAAGAGCUGGAAUCUCUGGAGAGGCAACUCGAUGUUUCCCUCAAGCAGAUUAGAUCAACUAGGACCCAAGCAAUGCUGGAUACGCUCACCGAUCUCCAAAGAAAGGAGCACGCCCUCAACGAAGCGAACAAGAGCCUUAAACAACGGCUGAUGGAAGUGAGCCAAAUAAGCCUCCAAUGGAACCCUAACCCUAACCCUCAAGACGUCGUCGUUGGGUAUGGGAGGCAGGCCCCCCAACCACACCCGGACGGCGGAUUCUACCACCCUCUCGACUGCGAACCUACGCUCCACAUCGGGUACCACCCAGAUCCGAUGGCGGCAGCCGCCGCAGCGGCGGCGGCAGCGGCGGGGCCUAGUGUGAAUAACUACAUCUCAGGAUGGCUGCCAUGAUAGUCUUGGUCAGCAUCUAUAUAAUUAUAUGUAUCUAUGUAUGUAUGUAUUUAUGUAUGUACGUAUGCAUGUGAGGAUAAUUUAAGUUUGGGGUAUUAUUAAUUAUUAAUUAUUUCUAGCUCAUAAAUUGAAUUGCUUAAACAUGCAUGGGAGCUAGGUUUCGAUAUUAUUAUGAUUUUUAAGACAGUGGGCUACGUUGUUGUUGUUUCUGUAACUUGACCUCGAUUUGGUGAAUAACU